AUUGGAGGAGACGCUUCAUGCUGAGCAGCAAAAUGGCCGCCCGUCAAACGACUGACUCCACAGCGCUUUGAAAUUUAAAUUCUUCUGCACAUUAGGGUUUACACUAUUACAACGUUAGUACUUAUUUACGAACCUGUAGCUUGUAACACGCGUGUAUUUUUCUCAUCGUCUGCCUGCCACUUACUUGACUGUGUCGUCGCUGUUUUUGUCGACGAAUGCCUCAAAAAGCUAGGAAGAAAAAAUCGCACUGAAGCACUUUAGCUAAGCUAACUAGCACGUUAGCUUCUCUUCAUAUGUGAUUCCAGAGAAGAAAGGAGUACCAGGACUGGAGCUGUAGUUCAUGGAAGACAAGAAAAGGAAAAAAGACGACAAAAGGAAAAGGGAAGCCUCUCAGAAGGUCACAGAACAAAAAAACAAAGUGCCAGACUUGACCAAGCCGGCGGUCGUCCAGUCUCCUGCCACUCAGAGCAGCUCUGCCUCCCCCAGCCCUGGACCCGCCCCCUCUGCCUCCCCAUCCCCAGCCACCACCUUGGGCCCUGGCAGCGCUGCCACCCCGUCACAGGGCGGCAACAAUGCCAAGCGCCUGGCGGUGGCCAACGGACAGCCCACCUCCAACACCAUUUCUUCCUCCACCGCUGGCGGCCCCGGCGCUGCUGGAAACGGCAGCAGCGCGAGUAGCGGAGGCGGAGCUUCAGCGCCUCAACAGCAGCAACAAGCGCGCUACAUGCCGAGAGAAGUGCCGCCGCGAUUUCGCUGCCAGCAGGACCAUAAAGUGCUACUGAAGAGGGGGCAGCCGCCACUGUCCUCCAUGCUGCUCGGAGGAGGAGGAGGAGGAGGAGGGGGAGGAGGGGGGGAUGGCCCCAAUGCAAACAUGGCUGCUGUCUCAGAUCCUGGUGCAGCUGCCUCCUCAUUGGCCCUCACCUCAUCAUCAGUUGCUGCUUCUACUACUACUUCUAAUUAUGCAAAUUCCAUGUGGGGGGCGAGCUCAGGCAGCCAGACCUCCUCUCAGGGCAGGGAGAAGGUGAUCGUGGAUGGCAACGACCUGGAAGAGUGGCCCAGCAUUGCCGGCAAUGAUGGUGGUGGAGGGGCUUCUUUCACCGUGGCCGUGGGGGGGGGGGCCAGCAGCAGCAGCAGCAGCAGCAGCAACAACAACAACAACGUAAUGCCUGUGAACAGCAUCAGUGCCUCUGGCAACCAAUCCUCACCCACUUCCUCGUUCUCUUUGCCCAAUGAAUGUAUGCAGUCGUCCAACGGUGUGGCGUGGGGGACGGCUGCCUCCCCGGGUCAUCUCGCAGGGGGGGGUGCAGUAGCUGCAGCCGGACCCCCUCUACCACCACCACCCACACCCUCCUCACUUUCCAAAGCCUCCGCUGUGCCGGGGAGCCAUGAAGCCAGUGGCCCCGUGGACGGCAGCAGCAGCGGGAUUCCAGGUGCCAACUUCAAUCCAAAUGCCAACCCUUCGGCCUGGCCAGCUCUGGUGCAGCAGGAGGGGGAAGGAGCUCCGUCUUCCUUCCAUCACCAGGGCACCGCAGGGUCCUUGUCUGCCAACAACCCCCCCUCCCUGGGCCUGGGGGGUGGGGCAGUCGGGGUGCUGGGGGGUCACCCACCUUUAUCUGUGAAUCAAUCAAGCACCCAUCAGCGGCAACUUCACCAAAUGCAAUCCAGAGACCGAGAGAUGGGUGGGGGGAAGUGGGACAGCGAAUCAGCGGGACCAAAAAUCGCAGGUGGGGGGGAAGGAAUUGGGGGAGGAAUGGACCGUGGAGGAGGCGAGAGUGGGGGAGACCACGGCCUCGCCUCCUCCUGGAGAGGCCAGUCUUCUUACCCUGCAGCUAACUCCAAAACGGGUGCCUCAAGGACUGACGGAUGGGAGGGGGGCGGAGCUGGUGGAUUCGGAGCUGCUGAAGGAGAUAACGGGACCUCGAGUUGGGGGUAUCAGAGUGCCACUAGUGGGGCGAGUGCUUGGGGUAGUGCUGGGAACGGCAGUCAAACCUCCGGGGUAUCUCAGGGAGGGUGGGGGUCAUCGGGAAGUGGAAGUGGAGGUGGAGGUGGAGAUUGGGGAGGGAGCUCCGCUGCUGCCGCUAGUGGAGCUAAUCCAGCAGGCGAGGGGGUCGGUGGAGUCUGCAGCAGUAACAGCAGCAGCAGUGGGGGCAGCACAGCUGGAAACCCCCCUGCAGCCCCUUCCUCCUCCUCCUCUUCCUCAGCAGCCGCCACCACUACGACCAGAGCUUGGGACAAUCAGAAAGGGGAGAGUGAAACGGGGGAGUGGGGAAGUGGAGGACAGGAAGCACAGGGAGGGUCCUCCUCCAGCGGCGGAAAUUCCAGAAGUGGGAACGGGCGAAGUCACAGUCGUCCUCUCAUCCCUGCACCUAACGCUGAAGCUGCCUUACAGACCCUGCUCAGCCGGUCCGACCUGGAUCCCCGGGUCCUGUCCAACACGGGAUGGGGCCAAACGCAGAUCCGACAAAACACGUCCUGGGACUUUGAGGAGCACGGAGGGAAGAGUAAAAGUGGAUCGUCGUCAGCUACAGCGAAGCACGCCUCCUCUGCUCCCGGUGGUUCCUCUCAGUACUCGGGUGGACCCAGGACUCAAAUCAAUGAAUCUACUGGGGGUCCGGGGGUCAAUCCUUCCCUGGGUCCCUCCGCAGGGUCCGCAGGAGGAGAGGGCUGGGAGAGCAGCAGCAACAGUAGCAGUAGUGGGGCAUCUCUUUCUGGGAGAGCCCCACCACCACCACCUUCAGGCCACAACAUGAGGAAUCUUGGCGUCUCACAAUCUGGGCCGACAGCGGGACCGGGUAUGGGGUCCGGGGGAAUGUCAGGACACAGCCAGCAGGGGAAGGCUACAGGCUGGGGAGGUGGAGGAGGGGGAGGGGGAGGGGAUGGGCAGCAGGCUAAAGGCUGGGGGAGUGAGGAGUGGAGGGAUGGCAGUAGAGGAGGAACUGGAGGAGGAACUGGAGGAGGAAAUGGAGGAGGAACUGGAGGAGGAGGGGGGGGGGGAGGAGGAGGAUGGGGGGAUCCUGGGCAACAGGGUGACCCUGCGAGUGGAGGCUGGGGAGGAAACAACAACAACAAGGAGGAAAAAGCACCAGGCGGGUGGAAAGAAAUGGGAGGGAAUGGAGGAGGGAGGAGUGGGUGGGGAUCAGGACAGAAGGGGGGGGCGGGUAGGGACUGGGGAGAGCAACAGUCCAAAUCAAAUAGCAGCGCAGGAGGAGGAGGAGGAUGGGAGGACGAGAAAAAGAGCGGAGGAGGAAACUCAGGUGGGGACUCAGGUUGGGGGAGCUGGGAUGAAGGGGCUCCUCGGAGAACCUGGGGAGCUGGGGGCACAGGGGGAGGGAACGGAGGAGGGAUGGGGGUCAGCGGCGGUGGUGGAAUGGGGGGGUCCAAACCCCAUCAAAGUUGGAGUGGAGGAAACAAAAUGCACCAGAUGCCAAACAGCCAGCCGGGCCCCGUCCCGCAGGCACAACUGCAGCAGCAACAAUCACAACAAUCACAGCCCCGCAAUCAGCAUCCGCAGAGAGCGAUGGACCAAGGGGCCAUGCAAGGGGGUGGGGGCGGGGGCGGGGGUGGGAAAAAACCCAUCUCCCAAGCCCCGAAUCAGAACCAAAGCUCAGGCUGGACCUCGGGGCCAAUCCCUGCCGGCGCCGGAGGAGGAGGAGGUGCCGGAGGAAAUAGUGGAGGAGGAGGAGGAGGAAAUGGUGGAGGAAAUGGAGGAGGGAAUGGUGGAAAUGGAGGAGGAGUUGGAGGUGAAUCUGAGCCCAGCGGCUGGGAAGAGCCGUCACCUCAGUCCAUUAGCAGGAAGAACGAGAUCGACGAUGGAACAUCAGCAUGGGGAGACCCGACGCAUUACAGCUACAAGCCCGUCAACCUGUGGGAUAAAAACGCAGCCGCCGCCGCCGGACAGCAGCAGCCGCCGCCGCCGCCGCAUGACCAGCAGCCUCAUGUUCAGGCUCAACAGCAACAACAACAGCAGCAGCAGCAACAACAACAACAACAACAACAACAACAACAACAGCAGCAACAACAACAGCAGCAACAACAACAGCAGCAACAACAACAGCAGCAACAACAGCAACAGGAGAGACAACAACAACAACAGCAGCAGCAGCAACAGGCACCGCCAAUACAGCAUCCGCCUGCAAGACAAGCUGCAGGGAUCGGAGGUAACAGAGACUUUAACCCUGGCCAUGGACCUGCAAAAACUUCAGCUAUUGGUCCGUCAGGUUGGGGGGGUAAUUCUCCAGCUAGUCCUACAGCAGACAACGGCACGAUAGCGUGGGGAAAAACUAAUGAAGCUCCUUCUGGCUGGGGAGAACCUGAAGAUGCUGGAGGGAAGACAUCGGGCUGGGGAAACCCUUCUCCCAACCCAAUCAAAUCUGGUUCAAAGUCUAUGCAAGAUGGCUGGGGGGAUAAAGAGGCCUCUGUGGCUGCGACACGUCACUCGAGCUGGGAGGAUGAGGAGGAGGGGGGCGGUGGCGGUGGCGGCGGCAUGUGGAACAGCGCCGGAUCCCAGGGCAGCGGCUCCUCUUGGGGCCAGGGAAGCAACGGGGGCUGGGGGCAGAGCCACCAAGAGAAGAAGCCCAGCAGCAAGGGUCCAAUGAAGCCUGGUGGAGGAGACUCCUGGAUGAGUCCCAUCAACAGACAGUUCUCCAACAUGGGGCUUCUGAACGAUGAUCCCAGUGGCCAGAACAACAACAUGGAUCUGGCUCCAGGUUCCCUCCAAGAGAAGAAGAUGGAAGCGGAGAAAAGAGCCAUGGGAAUGAAUAUGAACGAUUACAACGGAGACAUGAGGAAGGUUGGCAGAGGAGGAGGAGGGAUGGGUUAUCGUCCACCUGGAUCCAAAGAGGCAGCACCUGGAGAUGCUGGAUCGUACUAUGACAAGACCUUGCCUUUGACCAAUCAGGAUUGGUGUCUUGGGGAGGAGGGUCCUUGCUCUCUGUACUCACCACCCACUGUCUACAAGUCCCAUUCCCUCUUCAACCACACUAUUCCCUUUAGACAAGGCGGUCACAAUAUCUUUGGCAACAGCGGAGGGAUGGCUCAGUCAAGACACCCGCCAAGUGUCCCACCCUUAAACCAGUCCCCAGGGAUACGAGCGCAAGUGCCUCAUCAGUUCCUGUCACCUCAGGUGCCAGGCUCCGUGCUGAAGCAGAUGCCGCCUCCCACCGGCAGCGUGGGUGGUGUUGGCGGCGUGGGAGGAGUGGGGGGGGUCGGGGGAGGUGUGUUCCCUCCACAGCUGUCCCCCCAGCAUAUUGCCAUGCUCAGCAGCAUCUACCCUCCGCACAUCCAGUUCCAGCUGGCCUGUCAGCUCCUCCUCCAGCAGCAGCCUCAACAGCAGCAACAGCAGCUGCUGCAGAACCAGAGGAAGUUCCCACCAAAUGUGCGGCAGCAGGCUGACCCUCAACAGCUGGCCCGGAUCAUGGCGGUGUUGCAGCAGCAGAGGCAGCAGCAGCAGCAGGCCGGAGGUUUAGGCAGCAGCUCCAAACUCUCCCCAUCCCAUCACGGUGGGGUUGGCGGUCCCAAACUGCCCGGGGCCGACUCCCUGCCUCAUCCUGGCCUCGCUGCAUCCGUGGCUGACCUGCACCAGAAAAACCUCGGCCCUUAUUCCGGGUUUGGUUCUGGGGUGAACCUCCCGGGUCUGGACAUGGGCGGCUCCUCUGUGGGGGGUCCGGGGGGCAUGAAGGACCUCGGGAUCCAGCAGUCACGCUUCAAAUGGAUGAUGGAGGGCCACUCGUCCCCGGACACCUCCUCCCCUGAGAACGCAUUCCACAAAAACGGUCCCGUCACUCCUAUGAAGAUGCCGGGGGGCUCUCCCUACUCUCAGUACGAUAUGAUGGUUGGAGACGGGCUGGGAGACAACUGGCAUCGCACCCCUGGCAACAAGAUGGGCCCAAAGCCCCCCCCCACGCCCAGCUGGCCCCCUGAGUUUCAGCCGGGUGUUCCCUGGAAAGGGAUCGACCGGGUCGACCCUGACUCUGACCCCUACAUGACCCCAGGGAGCAUGAUGGGAAAUGCAGUGUCCCCCAACCUCAAUGAUAGUGAGCACCAGUUGUUACAAGACAAUACUGAUUCCACCCCUCCCCUCAACACCUUGCUGCCUUCACCUGGUGCCUGGCCCUACAGUGCCUCAGACAGUCCCCUCAACAACGCACACAACUCAGCAAAGUACACAGACUACAAGACCAGCUGGCCCCCAGAGCCCAUCGGACACAAGUCCUGGAAAGCUAACCGUGGCAGCAGCCAGAUGUCCCAAAUGUCCCAAAUGUCACAGAUGUCCCAGAUGUCCCGCAUACCUCCAGGCCUCGCCAGCCAAAAGCAGCCAUCGCCUUCCCCCUGGUCCGGAGGAGCUCCUCGCCUGGCGGGCCGCGGCUGGGGCGGCAGCUCGAGUUCCACUGCCUCAACCUGGAGUGACGGCAGCUCCCGUGAAAGCUGCUGGUUGGUGCUCAGCAACCUCACACCGCAGAUUGACGGCUCCACUCUGCGGACCAUCUGCAUGCAGCACGGCCCUCUGCUGACCUUUCACCUCGGCCUGACGCAGGGCACCGCUCUGAUUCGCUACGGCUCCAAACAGGAGGCGGCCAAGGCCCAGAGCGCACUCCACAUGUGUGUUCUGGGUAACACCACCAUCUUGGCGGAGUUUGUGAGCGAGGAGGACGUGGCUCGCUACAUUGCACAUUCCCAGGCAGGAGGAGGAGGAGGAGCAGGGAGCGGAGGAGGAGGAAACCCCGCCAACUCUUCAGGCUCCGGGCCCACAUCCUCCUCCUCCUCCGCUGUGGGGGCCAACGGUAACGGAGGAAGCUGCGAUAGAAGUGGAGGAGGAGGUAAUAAUGGAGGAGAAGGAGGAGGAGGAGGAACAGCAGGAAAUGGAGGCGGGGCUUCCAGCUCCGGGUGGCAGAGUCUGGACAGCACAGGCAGCUCUUCGGACCAGACCUCCACCCAGGGGCCCGGUUUGGGGGUCUACUCCCAGUGGAGCAGCAACGGGACCGUGGUGGGGGGGGCUGGAGGCGUGGAGGCCGGGCGGCAGGGUCUGUGGGGGGGGAUGAGCGGGCCGGGGUACCCCAGCACCAGUCUCUGGGGGACCCCCGCCCUGGAGGAUCGGCACCAGAUGGGCAGCCCCGCUUCCCUGCUGCCGGGGGACCUGCUGGGAGGGGGGGGCCGACUGACACAUUUUUAAGUUGUGAUGUCACACUCUGUAUUUAUUUACACGUAGAGAUGACAUGAAUUAAAGCUACAUUGGUCACCCAGCAGUCAAACUACACACACACAUUCAUUAAGCCGCUUUAACUUUAAAUGAAGACAACAGUAAAACUUGAACUUGGAAAUCCAUUAAACUCUGUAACUGGAUAGCUCUUCGGUCAUUUUACUCCGAAUCCCAUCGCUCAGAGACCCGAUCACUCAGGCAUGCACUGUAGACAGGCUCAGCCAGAGUCGUACAAGUUUAGCUAUUGCUGUUUUUAGUGUGCCACAAUUUACUUUCUUUUGUAUUACUAUGUAAUCUCAAAAAAACAAAAAUGUCAGACUUGCAGACUGAGCCCUCGUAGACCUGGCUGGCGUUCUUCAAAGUUCUCAUGUUUGGAGGGGAAGGAUCUGGAGUUUGUAGAGGAGAUUUUUUGGGGGGGGGGACAGCGCCACACUACUGAGUCAAACGGACGAUCAGCAGAGAGAAGAAAAGUGUCUUUUUUUAAGUAGGUACCGACACCUUGGUGGAAAUAUGCCAUCAACAUGGGACCCAGGGUAAAAAAAACAAAAUAUCAAAACAGAAACAACAUUAGCCAAACUUGCACUAUAUGCCUCUGGGUUUGUUGUUGACACAUCCUCCACAGAUCCCUCCAUUCUUUUUAAAACAGAGCUUCAAAACAGGACGACUUAAUGUUACAACAGCAGUGGCCUUGGCUCAAAACCAGCGGCCACGUCAGCAGCCUUCACACCGUUCAUCAGUUCCACACUGCUCUUAUAUUUGACAAGCGAAAUUGUAUCUCCUCGUUGAUGUUAAUCUUUAUUUUCUGUUUCUGUUUUAAAAGAAAAAUGUGAGAAAAGUUGUGGAAAUUCAAAGAUGUCCUCCUUUUUUGUUUGCCCUUCAAACACUGACCUCGCUAUUGUAUUUUUUCUUACUCGAGAAAUCAAGUUGGUUAUAAUUAUAUAUUAUCAUGAUGUUAAUGAUGACUACGAUCACUUAUUUACUCGCUGUACAAGGUGCCCUCCUGCCUGCCUGUGUGUGCAUGAAAGGAGUGAUGACAGUAUGACCGAAUGGAGGAGGAUGUGAUGAAGAUAAUGAUGAUGAUGAUAUCGGGAGUGUGUGUGUUAUUGCUACAAUGUUGAAUGUUUUUUUCUUUCUUGUCCAUGAGAGAUUCAUGAGAAAUGUGUGUGUGUGUGUAUGUGUGCGUGUGUGUGUGCUUGCUCUUGAACACUUAUCUGCUCCAGUCAGGGAAGUGAAUUAAUCUGACAGCUUACAUUUGAGAGAAAGUGUGUGUGCGUGUGUGUGAGUGUGCGUGUGUGUGAGUGUGCGUGCGUGUGUGAGAGUGAGUGUGUGUACAUGUGCUCGACUGUUUGGAUAUUGUAAUAGCUAAAAAGUUCAAAAACAUUGGCACUAUUGCAUAUGUCUCUUAAUUUUUCGUGUAUUUUUUUUAGCAGCAUUUCGUUCCCGUUUGUAUUUUUUUUUCUGCCAAUUGCAAUAAAUGAAUAUUUUGUUUUUAAGACGAAGUAACCAACUGAAGGCAUUUCUAUUAAAAAAUGCCAAAUCCUACCAUACCAAGCUGAGCUGGAACAGUGUUUUACAGACACGUUAAAGACAUUACCUGUUAUGUUUUACUGUUUUGUUUUUGUUUUGUUAUUAUGUAUCAAUUUAAAUUAAGUCAGUCUUUAUUAUCACUCCUGUUCAGGAUGUUUUCAUUUAUUUCAGAUGUUACAAAAAGGAGAGGAAAUUAAUUUAAAGCAGAAAAGAACAAGAUAAUAAAGGUUGAAUUGAA